UAUACAUACGAUGAAAUAUUGAAAGAAUUAGCAGAGAGUGGCAUUAUCAAAGAUGGAGGCAGCAGAGAAUCGGGUUGUGGUUGCAUCAUCAGAAGGAAAGAGAAAGAGAAGAAAAAGAAGGAGAAGAAACGAGAAGCCAGUGAUUGCUCCAUCAUCACUACCAAAAGAAGUGAUAGAGGAAAUCUUCUUGCGACUUCCAGUAAAAGCUCUAAUCCGACUCAGGUCUCUCUCAAAACAGUGGAGAGUGACAAUGGAGUCUCUCUGUUUCGCAGAGAGACACUUGAAGAUCGCGAAGCAAUCCCGCGUGAAACUGAUCAUGGUCAUCGACUCACGUCUAGUGCCUAAGCCUCCCCCAGAUUCAAACGUUGGUUUUAGGACAUUCUGCUUGGAAUCAGCUUCUCUUCUAUUCUUUACUCUUAUCAAUUUCUCUCAAGGAUUCGAUAGCUGGAUCUUCAUCUCUGGAAACUGCGACGGCCUUUUCUGCAUCCAUUCCCCGAAAACUCAAUCCAUAUAUGUAGUUAAUCCUGCUACACGGUGGCUCCGACAACUUCCUCCUGCUAGGUUUCAGAUUUUGAUACACAAGUUUGACCCGACUCUAGAAGAGUGGAUAGCCAUGGAUUCAUUGUUUCAUCUAGCAUUCGUGAAGAAGGCUGCUGCUGAUUACAAAUUAGUGUGGUUGUAUAAUUCUGAUAGUUACAACGUUGAUCCUUCGUGUCCAAACGAGGGAGUUACCAAAUGUGAGGUUUUUGACUUUAGGGCAAACGCUUGGAGAUACUUGGCUUGCACUCCAAGUUAUCGUAUAUUUCCUAAUCAAAAGCCAGCAUAUGCAAAUGGGUCAGUGUAUUGGCACACGGAACUACAUGAGGGCAGAAUCGAAGUGGUGGAUUUUGAUAUCCACACAGAAACAUUCAGGUUGCUGCCGAAGAUCAUUCCAGCUAUUGCUAGUUCAGAUCCUAGCCAUAUUGACAUGUGCACUCUAGAUAAUCAUUUGUGUAUGUCGAAAAGGGAGCACGUUACCAAGAUCCAAGAGAUAUGGAGGUUGAAACCAACAGAAGGCACUUGGGAGAUGAUUUUUUCAAUAGAUCUCCUUUCUUGCCCUUCUUCUCGAACUGAGAUCCGCGAUCAGUUUGAAUGGAGCCAGAAGGAUUUGGUUGAGCCAUCCACACCCGUGGCCGUAUGCAAGAACAAGAAAAUCCUGCUCUCACAUUGCUAUUCCCGCGGUCUGGUAAAAUAUGAUCCCCUAACAAAGUCUCUAGAUUUCUUUUACCGAGAUCCUAUGGCUUGGAGAAAAGUUACUUAUUUUCCAAGUUUGAUCUCUCAUAUCUAAUUAAAAGCUUAUACUUAUUUAAUUACAACAACAUUUUAUGUGUUGAGAGCAUGAAAGAAAAAAGAGCUUGCAGAAUAAUGUUUUUGAUGUAUGAAUAAUAUCCACCAUAUAUAUAUUAUAUUCUAUUUGACCUAAUUAAUAGAUUCAUACCUUUUAAAAAGUGAAGUGUUCAUAGAUGAAGACAGUUAGUGAUGUGAUUUAUAGUAGCGGGUGAUCAUGAUAUCGUUCCAUGUAGAACCUCAAAAAUUAUAGAAAGUGUAAUAAUAUUUGAUCAAUUAUUUUUAUAUUUAUAUACUACAUAAAAUAAUGAAUAGAAAAUAAUUUAUAGAAACUGAUAUAUUGAUUUCAUAUUCCUUUAAAAUAUUGUAGUAUAUAAUAAUUAUUAAUCUCUUAUAAUGUUUAUAUUUGCUUUAUAAAUAAUUAGGCUUUGAAGAUUGGACGGAUUAUAUUUAACGAAACAUGUGAUAACUUUGAUUUUAAUUUUUUUUUGCAUUUAAGUCAAAUAAUAUACUGAAUAAAGUAAUGUUAUGAUUAAAAGUAGUUUUAAGAUGGAUUUUUGGUUUAUUGAUUGUAUGUUUUGUAUUCUUAUUUGGAGAGAGAAGUAAAUAUUUAGCAAAAAAUAUGUAAAAUAUUAGGAAACAUUAGCAAAAAUUUAAUAAAAAAGAACUAAAUGAUGACGAGAAAAACUAGAAAAGC